CCGUCGAAUUUACUAGAUUGGAUAUAACUGUUAUGUUAGAUUAUAUUAUAUUGUUAUAUGAUCAGUGUAUGUGAUACCUGAGUUAGAGAGCGGACUUUAAUAGAACGUCGUGAUUUUCUGCAUAGCGUUAUCCAAAUAAAAUUAACCUAAAAGCAAAUUGUUAUCGUUAAAAGGACACAAAACAUCCGGUUUGAUUUUUCCACAAAAUCACGUCAGCAAGAUGGCGGAAUAUGUAGCUGUUCAGAAAGGAUCAUUAAAACUCAAAGGAAGUGGAGACAUUUCAGCUGGUAAAAAGAAAAAGAAGAAGGAAAAAGAGUUAAAGCAUUUGGAAAAGCAGGUUCUGACCACUUCAACAGAAGAGGAAACAACUAAGAAGGCUUAUGUUGAUAAAAGAACACCAGCACAAAUUGCCUUUGACAAAAUCCAGGAGAAAAGGCAAAUGGAAAGAAUUUUGAACAAGGCCUCCAAAACACACAAGCGCAGAGUUGAGGAGUUUAACAGACAUCUGGACACACUGACCGAACAUUAUGACAUUCCCAAAGUCAGCUGGACCAAAUAACACAGAACUUCUAUGGAUCAUCAGCAGGAUGCUGACAUUCAGUUGUUGAGGAUUUGAAAUUUUCUCUGACCUACUAUUUACAUCACCGGAUAUUUAAAGCUCUACACAUUGUUAAAGUCUACUGAUACUAAAUAAAUUGUGUAGAUUUGCUGUCCUCUAUUCAGUCAGAAGUCAUCUGGAGCCUUUCUUUUCUUUUCAAAAGACACUUUAUAAUAUUUCAUAUGUACCGUUUUUAAUGUAGUGUUCAUUUUAAAAUCUCUUAAAAAUCUGAUGUUUGUAUGUGACCACUGGUUUUAGUUCAGUGUUAAUUGGCAUGUUGUGUCAACAAUAUUAUUACUAGUUUCUUUUGGAACAAACUUCAUACAAUUAAAGUGAUAUAUAAUUGA